GGGCUCAGUCCUACAGUUAUCACAGCAGUCACUUUAUCUCGUCUGUCUCCGUCUUGGUUUUUCUCUCAGUCUUUUCACCCCUUCAGUCGUACAUGAAAGAACUUUUAGCUCCUGGAGGAUUUUUAGUAACAGAAAACAGUAAACAUCUGAGAAUAGCUGGAGGCUACCACCCACACAGUAGCGUUGCAUGUACCUGAUUUUCAGCUGAUCACUCUCAUUCAGGGGUGUCGCUGAUCUGUUCUCUGGAUUGGGUGCUGCCCGCUUUGGCUGUGCAGCUGCUUGCUUCACAAACCGGAGGUGCUGAGUGACUUGAGCUCAGCAGGAGUUUAAUAGAACCAAAAGCAGGCAGUCACCAUGCUGCGAGACGUCAUAUCAGAGCUUGUAAAAUUCCACAGUUAUCUACAAUCAAGAACUGAUGCCAGAGUCAAAGACUACCCUCUGAUGCAGAGCCCCAUCCAAAUGACCAGCAUCCUGCUGGCGUACGUCUUCUUGUCGGUAUAUGUUGGGCCUCGCCUGAUGGCAAACCGCAAACCUUUCGGCCUCAAAACGGCCAUGAUUGUCUACAACCUUAGUAUGGUUUUACUGAAUGCCUACAUAGUGUAUGAGUUCAUGAUGUCUGGAUGGGGCACCACCUACACAUGGAGAUGUGAUCUGAUUGACACCUCCAGCAGCCCGGAGGCUCUCAGGAUGAUCCGAGUUGCUUGGUUGUUUUAUUUUUCAAAAUACAUCGAACUCCUCGACACGGCAUUCUUCGUGCUGAGAAAGAAGCAAAGUCAGAUCACAUUUCUCCACGUCUUCCAUCACUCCUUCAUGCCCUGGACGUGGUGGUGGGGCAUCACCCUGACGCCUGUUGGAGGAAUGGGCUCUUUCCACGCCUUGGUGAAUGCUACAGUCCACGUUAUCAUGUACACCUACUACGGCCUCUCUGCUGCCGGGCCUCGCUUCCACAAAUACCUGUGGUGGAAGAAGUACAUGACCGCUAUCCAGCUUACGCAGUUUGUUCUGGUCUCCAUUCACAUCAGCCAGUACUACUUCAUGGAAAAGUGUGACUACCAGAUCCCCUUGUGGAUCCACCUGAUCUGGAUGUACGGCGUCUUCUUCUUCCUCCUCUUCUCCAACUUUUGGGUGCAGGCAUACAUAAAGGGCAAACGUCUUCCCGCCGCAGACAACAAGACGAAACAGAACGGCUCAACCAGCGAAGCGAUCGGUGUGGUGGCGAACGGAAAACACGUUGAGAACGGGAACGCUCACCACUGCACCAACGGCAAAAUCCCAAUGGGCAAAGUAAAAGAAGUCUAACUUGGUGACUCUGGAAAGAGAAGGAGGCAUAGACUAAUACUACUACCUUGAAUAUGUCAUUCAUCAUUCAUAUCUAGCAGCAUAUUGGAGAGACACAGGUUUCAAUAUGCUGCUUCAAACCUGCAAAAUUUUUAUGUAAGUCUAGUCUUUUGUGAAAAUAUAUGCACACGUAUCAGAAUUCGAAUGGCAUGGUGCGUUUUGCCAGUGAUCUCCACGUUGUGUUGUGUAAGUUGUUGCAAAAACUAUUAACUGUGAUGAACACUGCAUGAAGAUUGGUGCUCAUUUUAUCACUUAUAGUAUUCUUCAACUCAGGCUUGACCCACACAGGCUUGAUCUGCACUGCUCUUGGGCUGGCAUGGCCUUUGUUGCAUGGGAGUAUGGCACAGUUUCCACUGAAGACUAGUACAUGUAAAUAACUGCUAUAAACCAAAGCAAGAUUUUCAUCGUAAAUGUCAACUAUUUAGUCUUUUUUUCAGAUUUUAUUUAUCUUUUGAAAUAAAACCAACGUUUAGAUAAAGGUCUGUGUCAUUUGGAAAGCAGUUUUGGUGUGCACUUUGAGAGAAACACCUAAAAUUUUCAAUUUUAAGAAUUGUGGGAAGGAAGUGUUGUGCUGUAUAUUACAGUAUUGAUGCAUUUUGCGUUGUCGCAUUAUUAGGUAGUGACGCAUACCCUGCUGUGCGUGUUCAUCCAUGUUAAUCCCUUCUGAGUGCAGCAACACUGUUUGGUUUACUUCUCUCAGCACACUCUGCAUGAAGUGAACAGAAAAAACUUUCUAUGACAUCAGACUUGAAUAAAGGUUUGUACAGAUGGCUGUUUCUCAAUAUCACUAAAGAAGUAUGAAUAUGUUGAUUCAUAAAUCUAUCAGUGUUUGCUGUUGUUGUUGUUGAUCUCUUUUUUUUAAAAAACUGUUUGACAUUUGCCACAAAUAACACAAAGAAACAGGUCUAGGUUGUAUAUGUCCAUAACUGAACAUAAACAGAGAUGAAAUCUCUAAA